AUGCUUCCCUUCUCGAACCAGCACCGAUACUCCCAAGACGACGCGGGGGAACCCGACCCGGAGUCAGACCAGCUCAUCCCCACGAAGAAGCGCCGACACCGCGUCCGCGUUCAGGGCCGACUCGCUGUCGUUCGCAGCGUGUCCACAGCGAAUCUGCGACCCACGCCGUCAGUGGCCCCGGAGCUGCCCUCGCCAGUUGUCGGCAACGGGUCGGGGGGCCCAGCGAGCGCAAAGUUCGAGUCGGGCGUAGCUGGGAGCACAGUGGCACCAGUGCGGAGGAGGAAGAGCUUGGAUAAUGCGAGCAGCGACACAGAGGAGGACGAUGCCAAGGAGACUGCGGGCGACCGACCGAAGUCUACGGUUCAGCCAAGUCAAGCUCGUCAUCCUCUCGAUUCUCCAUAUUUCCUUCAUCCGGACCAUCAGACGAUUCAGACAAGAGGCACUGGAGCUUCAAGGACCUGUUCGCCCGGACAGGCGAUCGCAAAGGAAAAGGGACUGCUUGACCAGGCCUCACGUAAAGCAGCAUCGGGCGGCUGCAGCAUGCAUUACAUCUUUUGGUGGGGCGUUUGGGAUCUUAAAAGGAUAUGGGAAUAUCGGAACAUUCAAUGGUUUCGAGAACAACGACGCAUCGAGAGUGGUCCAGCAAAGCGGAUGAGACAUGACGGCCGAGACCCAUUAAUAACGAUACAACAUUCCUUGCUUGGGGAUCAUCCCGCGCGCGCGAGAGCGUCGUCCCCGCGCGGCCUUUUGCUGUUUGCCGACGCCGAUGCAGUGUUGAUCAACGACGUCCAUCAGCUCAUUCUUCAUCAUCCGGGAACGCUUCAUUCGCAUUUGGCCAAGACAAUAGAACCUCACGAAGAGACGAACACAAAUCAAACUGUCAACACUUUCACUAUUGUCAUUAUUUGUCGCACAGGUUUGAUCAUUCGCUCGCGAGGGCCCCAUCAAUGGCUCGUAUCGUCUUCUAGAUCAUCGAGAAUCCAUCAAACUCCCAAGAGCACCAAUGAAACUCCCGCAAGUGGCAGGAUAUCAGAGCGUCAGCUUACCUGCAUGCGCCAUCUUACUACUAGUCCUUUUCUCUACUUUACUCUUCUUCGAGAUCUCGCUUUCGCAAAGGCUGGCAAACUUGUGAAGCGCGUAUAA